GGGGCGGGGGCGGGAGGUAGCAGCGCCCCCGCACUCCCCGCGUCUCACACACUUGCACCGGUCGCUAGCGCGCAGCCCGGCGUCGCCCCACGCCGCGCUCGCUCCUCCCUCCCUCCUCCCGCUCCGUGGCUCCCGCGCUCCUGGCGAGGCUAAGGCGCCGAGCGCGCGGACGGUCGCACAGACAGACAGCCCCGAGGACCCUUCGGCCCGCGCCUCCCGGGCGGGCUAUGUUGAUUGCCCAGCCGGGGCCGGCCCGCGGGAUCAGCACAGCCCGGCCCGCGGCCCCGGCGGCCAGCAGGGACUAUGAACCGGAAAGCGCGGCGCUGCCUGGGCCACCUCUUUCUCAGCCUGGGCAUGGUCUACCUCCGGAUCGGUGGCUUCUCCUCAGUGGUAGCUCUGGGCGCAAGCAUCAUCUGUAACAAGAUCCCAGGCCUGGCUCCCAGACAGCGGGCGAUCUGCCAGAGCCGGCCCGACGCCAUCAUCGUCAUAGGAGAAGGCUCACAAAUGGGCCUGGACGAGUGUCAGUUUCAGUUCCGCAAUGGCCGCUGGAACUGCUCUGCACUGGGGGAGCGCACCGUCUUCGGGAAGGAGCUCAAAGUGGGGAGCCGGGAGGCCGCGUUCACCUACGCCAUCAUUGCCGCCGGCGUAGCCCACGCCAUCACAGCUGCUUGUACCCAGGGCAACCUGAGCGACUGUGGCUGCGACAAGGAGAAGCAAGGCCAGUACCACCGGGACGAGGGCUGGAAGUGGGGUGGCUGCUCUGCCGACAUCCGCUACGGCAUCGGCUUCGCCAAGGUCUUUGUGGAUGCCCGGGAGAUCAAGCAGAAUGCCCGGACUCUCAUGAACUUGCACAAUAACGAGGCAGGCCGAAAGAUCCUGGAGGAGAACAUGAAGCUGGAAUGUAAGUGCCACGGCGUAUCAGGCUCGUGCACCACCAAGACGUGCUGGACCACACUGCCACAGUUUCGGGAGCUGGGCUACGUGCUCAAGGACAAGUACAACGAGGCUGUUCACGUGGAACCGGUGCGCGCCAGCCGCAACAAGCGGCCCACCUUCCUGAAGAUCAAGAAGCCACUGUCCUACCGCAAGCCCAUGGACACGGACCUGGUGUACAUCGAGAAGUCACCCAAUUACUGCGAGGAGGACCCGGUGACCGGCAGUGUGGGCACCCAGGGCCGCGCCUGCAACAAGACGGCCCCCCAAGCCAGCGGCUGUGACCUCAUGUGCUGUGGGCGUGGCUACAACACCCACCAGUACGCCCGAGUGUGGCAGUGCAACUGUAAGUUCCACUGGUGCUGCUAUGUCAAGUGCAACACGUGCAGUGAACGCACGGAGAUGUACACGUGCAAGUGAACCCCGUGUGCACACCACCCUCCUGCUGUAAGUUAGAUUGCUGGGAGGACCGGACCGUUUCCAAGCUGCGGGCUCCCUGGGAGGUCACUGCCUGGAUCUUCACAGGGAACCACAGGAAUUCUGAGCUUGUCUUUUCUGCUGAGGAGGGUACUUUUCCUGGGUUUCCUGCAGGUAUCUGCGGGGAAAAAAAUCUCUCAGAGCCCUCAGCCAUUCUGUUCCACACCCAAUGCUGCUCCACCCUCCCCCAGACACAGCCCAGGUCCCUCUGCGGCUGGAGUGAAGCCUUUUGCAGCAGGAACUCUGGACCCCUGGGCCUCACCAUAGCAAUAUUUAACAAUUUAUUCUGAUAAAAAUAAUAUUAAUUUAUUUAAUUAAAAAGAAUUCUUCCACCUCGUCGGGAUCCGUUUUCUGCAAUCAAAGUGGACUGCUUGCUUUCCUAGCGGGAUGAUUUUGUUGCUAGGACGAGGAGCUGUGUAAAACUGUACAUAACUGUUCUUUAUGCAGACAUUUCUACUAGUUGAUUUUGCAAGUACCCACCCCCCCGCAGCACUAGAUGUUUAAGUACAAGAGCAGGCAUCCUUUAUACAUAUAUAGAUCUAUAUACACACACAUUUAUAUUUUUUUGCUGUUUGCUGCUACUUAUCCAGAAAUUUAAGCUGGUCUAGAUUUGGAGAUGUUUUUGCAGAGUAUGUUUCCCAUCCUUUUGCCCCUCUACCCCCACCAAGUUCAAAUGUCACCAUUAGAAAAAUCCAGUUUGGAAUAUAUAGAGAGGAAAAAUAAUAAUAAAUUCCCAGCAGUUUCCAUCUUUCGGAAAGUGAGCCACUGGAUAAGAGAGAAUAUUUUGUAAGAGACUAUUUUUAUAUGAAUAUUUUAUUUAUAUUGAGUCUGCUGUAUCAUUCCACGGCCUGUGCUUCUUCUUAAUUCUAGUACUCAAUUUGGGGUAAGGAGGGGCGAUGCCUGGGUGUGGGGUCAGGCCCCACGGGACCCCUCACACAGCUGGAUUCUUGAGUUCUGUUUGCCAAGUGGACACAAGCUCCCCCUGGAUGCCUGGGGUUGAGGCAUCAUCUCAUCUGUGUUAGCUGGGAAAGAAAUCAAGUCCCCAGCCUCAGCCUGUUAAGCUCAGGCCUUUCAAGCAGGGCCACUGAGUAGUGGCCUCAAAAUGAGUCACUGUGGUGGGUGGUCAUUGUGCCCGUCACAGGGACUUGGCCGUCAUCAUGCAGCAGAGGCCUGCUCAGGGAGCCCCACACCUCACCAAGACACCUGCCAUUGCCUACGUGUCCCAGAAUGUGAGAUGCAGUCCUCAGAUGAGGGGCCAAAAAAAAAGGUGGGGUGAGGGGCCGAUGAGCCGCUGGGCCCAGCGGGGCUUCCUGGAUAUUCUGCUCCCAAGGCCAAGCAGCAGGGAGAGGUGUGAGUGAGCCCACUUUGCUUUGGGUCCAGCUAGGCCCAGAGCCUCAGCCUGAAAGCUGUCCUCCAGCAGGCUGGGGGUGUUCUAAUAUGUGUCCAUUUGCAUUUCUGUGUCUGUGCGUGUCCUUAGGGACCUGGAGGUAGCCACAUGACUUGGUGCCUUCCAGUGCCUCCGCUGUGCUCCUCUGUAUAUGUGUUUGUGUGUUUCCAGGCUACCUAAGUGUCUGUUUCUCUCCAUGUGCCUGGGAGGUCAGGUCUCAGGCAUGGAGCUCUGUGCCUUUGUAUCUGCUGCUCCCCAGGGUCUCUGCUUGCAAGUGGGGGCUGGUGGUGUGAGGCAGACAGCAGAGACUGUGUGUGAUUAUAUUGAGCCACCAAGAGAUGGCACCUCUGAACUCUGUCCCCCCAGCCAUGGGUGAAAAUCAGACACCUCUGAGACCACAGCCCCGUGGCCACACCUGCUAGGAGCCCUUCAGUAUCUAGGCUGUGUCUGAUUCCUCAAUGUCCACACUGAGCCUGGAUCACAGCAUGGGCAAAUAAAAGUGACUGGAUGGUUGCUUGGUUUUUUCUGUUGGAACUUUCUCCCACCAUUUUUCUUUUACUUGGGUGUCUGGAGGAGUGGGCAUGUGAAGGAGCCAUGGAGUGAAUGGUUGGAGGUAGGUGAAUGGGUGAAUGUAUAGAUGAAUAAGCAGGUGGGUGGGUAGAUGAAUAAAUGGAUGGAUGGAUGGCUGAAGGGAUAAACAGAUGGGUGGAUGGAUAGAUAAGUGGAUGGAUGAAUGGAUGAAUAGAUAGAGUAGGUGAGUGGAUGAAGUAGGUACACCUACAGAUAGGCAGAUGAGGAGUUUCUUGGGAGUCCACAGGUCACAUUUUAUCUUUGCCUUGGAAAACCUACUGGGUCUGCCAUGAGCAGGGUGGCUUCCCAAUCCUGCAACACUUCUGCUUCGGACCUCCUUAGCACCUGGGAAUGGGGGAGAUUCUGACCAGCCUUUCCAGAUGAGUGAUCAAUGCUAAUUAUGUAAACACAACCUCAAAAGGGUCAUUCUUGUGUCCUUCCUCACUGUAGGUUCCCAACCCUGGGGCCUGCCCUCUAUCUGGAUACCCUACUCAGCUGUGCCCUGAGCCCCAGUUUCUCCACCUGUGAAAUGAGAAUAACAACACCUACCUCACAGGGCUGUUGUGAGGACCCUCCCAGUAAUGAUUGUAUGGAACUUUGAGUUGCAAAGUAAUAGAUGAAUGCGAAAUAUUAUUAAUUAUUAUUAUCACUAUUCUCUCCACAACUAUGGGAUUCUUCAAACAUGGCUUAUGGUAAUAAAUAUUUGGUUCUGUGUUGGGCAGAGGUAUCCA